AUGGCGGGCCUCGGGUUCGAGGAGACCGAGCUCCGGCUCGGCCUGCCCGGCGGCAACGACCCCGGGGAUGCCGCGACGGCGGCGAGGAAGCGGGGUUUCGAGGAGACCAUCGACCUCAAGCUGAAGCUGGAGCAGCCGGCGGCGGCGGCGUCAUGGGCCACGGCGCACGUGGUGGAGGAGGAGCAGGAGGAGGCUGGCACUGGCGACAUUGUCGUCCCCGCCGCGGUCCCACUGUCGUCGCCUCCAGCAGCCACCACCGGCGGCACAGCUACGACCAUGAAGAGGUCGCCGAGCCAGAGCAGCGCACUAUGCCAGAAAACGUUAUCAGUGACGCGUGCUAACAUAGCAUUUGAGCAGGUUCAGGCUAACAUAGCAUUUGAGCAGUACAGAAUGAGGUGGUGCAUCCCUCCCGGUCACUUGAUUUUUCCGCUUCCUCCUAUUCUUCUCGGAUGGACCAUCGCUCUUACGCUUUAA